UCUCGAGUCUCGAACUUACAAAAAUCCAAUCAGAGUACAGACAGAAUCGGAGCCCCUCCCUCCCUCCGGAGUUUCCGAAGGAGUGAUUCUAAGUUAUAUUCUCAGUGCUGAAAUCACGCCCUCCUUGAAGAUCUUGGGGCCAUGGAAGACGAUCAAGAGCUCGACUUUGACGCCUUUCAUGCUGCCCCAGCUCUUGUAUCUCUCGCUGCCUUCUCGCCUUCCUUCACGCCUUCUUCUCGCCGUCUGUCGAGCCAUUUCAGCCCUCUUGGUCGCCCGGUUCCCUCAGCUCGGCAGCUGGCUUGGGUUUCUCUCCAAGGUCGUCUCAUUGGUGCGGAAGAAGCAAGCUCUGUUAAAACCAUUGGAGGUUCCUUGAACCCAUCAGAAGCCUUGGCGUGGGAGCUCUUUAGCCCCAUUCAUCGAAUCCUCAUCGUCGCCGUGGUCGCUGUAGCUACUGCCGAGUUGAAGAAAUCUCAACAAAUAUGCCAACUUAAAAGAUCCGUACUUCUCAGGGAUCAAGUUUUGUCAAGCAUGCAACAGAAGCUUGACGAUCUAUGCAACCAGGUGAACAUCAUGAAAGAACAGCCUGAAAAUGAAGUUGAUCUGUCAUUCACAAAUGACAAAAAAAUCCUAUCCAACAAUGAUAUCAAACUUGAUGAAACUACAAUUUCUCCUUGUGGUUGUCAAGUUUGCUAUGAGCAUCGUGUUUUAUCAAAUGGUCCAAUGUGUGACUUUUUUGAGAACUCAUGCUGCGGAGAUGAGGUAUUCAAGUUCAAGAUACCUUCCUACAAUGUAGCAGAGCAAGAAGAGCGCCGGAUGUCCAACUUGUCUGACUGGGCUUCAAGUGUGAAUUCUUUAAUAGAUAUUCACUUAGAGCGCCGGAUGUCCGACUUGUCUGACUGGUCUUCAAGUGUGAAUUCUUUAAUAGAUAUUCAGCUCAACUCGGAGCAAGAUAUCUACAACCUCCAGCAGGAAUGCGAUGAAAAGGAUGCCACCAUAAAAGAGCUGUCAGCUUCUCUUAACGCAUCUGAUGCUGCUAGUUCAAAGAGAAUUGCAGAGUUAGAAGAUGUUAUUAGAAGGAAAAACAUGAUUAUUACAAAACUAAAGAAAGAUAUGGCGGUUCUAGAACAAAAGGUGGUGCAUCUAACAAGGCUUCGGAGACCCUCCUUCACUGCCUCAAACUCAAACAUUAGUCAACCUCCGAUCAUGGCAGAUAAUCUCCUUUAUGAUAUGGAGAGUAGCACUAGUCCAUCGUCUUCUGACCCAGACUCUCCUAUUAAAGCUCAAUCGUAUGAGGAUGAAAAAAGACCUGCUCUUGAGGAGGGAACUAGUUUGAGUAGAGAACAGACGGUGGGUAAGGCAAAGGCUCCAAUCUCCCUUCCAAGACUGGCAGACAGUUCUCAGAAGCAGCGGCAGCUACCUAUGAGCCCUCUAAACGAGAACUCUAUGAAUCACAGACUUGAUUCAACAAUGAAGUUGAGGCAGAAACAAUUGGUACCAACUGAUACAACUAAUAGAGAUAUGAAGAGGAUUAGGAGACACACUCAGACAGUGUCAAAGGACAAAGCUCAACCGAAGAGACGGGUAUAGUCAAAGUGGAGAUGUGAUAUUUGAUGGAUUCUAUUUUGUAUCAAGUAUUGGGAGCAUCAAGUUGGCACAUGGCAUACCCCUUUGCAGUUCCAAAAUUACUGUGUCUGGCAAUGGAUAUCCAGCAUGCAACAUUGCGAACAUAUAUUAUCAUAGGGCACUAUAAUAUUUAUAGGUGUAAGAAAACUUUAGUAGUUCAUAUAUUUAAUACUGAAAUACUUGGAAUAUUAAAUUAGCUAGUGAAAUUAUGUAAUUAUAGAAUAAGGAAAAAGUCACUUGGAUGCCUUGCUUUCGAUAGCUUAUGAAAGUGCC